AUGGCUAGCAACCAGCACCAGCGAUACGCCAAGGCCAUGAUGACCUGGGGCCAAGGCUACGCCCUCUUUCACCCGGCAUCUGACGUCCACGACCAGGCGAAACCCGGCGUGUGCGGGUACAUCGACGACAGCGGACUCUGGCAAAGCAUCAUCGACCUCAACGACAAGGCCGCGCUGAAGCAGGCUGGCCUCGCCGGCCCCGGGGUUACGGUCCUGAAGCCGGCAUACUUCGAAACCUGGGGACCCAAAUACACGGACACGGUCACGGAAUCCAAGGCCAAGGCCGAAGCAGGCGUGGCGGCAGGGAUCCCCGUCGAUUUCUCCACGCUGCUCGAAUACAGGGCCACCUCGGGCUUCGCGGCGGUCCUGCUCUGCGGAGACGCCGUCAAGCUGACGACGUAUCCUCACAAAGAUCCCUUCCGGAGGUGGGCCAAGGACAACGCGCAAAAGAUCCUACAAAUGUGCGGCGACGUGGCCGAGCAUGGCUUCUACGUCAUGACCACCACGUGGUCGGCCCAGGACGUCCACAUCAACGCCUGGGCAAACAGGGCCAACUCCGUCACCAUCGGGGUAAAGGGGAGCGUGCCGCAGGCCGGCACCGUGAGCGGGUCGGUCCAAUAUCACCGCGGAGGCGCAGUUGGGGGAUGGCAUCAACACAAGGCCGUUGGCGACGAGAGGAGAAUCCUCUUCUUUGGCGGCUUGUACUUCAAGUUCAGGCGCCUUAGGAAAAGCUUCCGCGAAGUAGCCCAGGAAAAGUGGAAUGGCACCCUUGGUGAUGAUGAAGGCGGCAUCUUCCUAGUUGAGAACGGGGGCGAGGCUUACGAGGUAGAGUCUCAUGUAAUUUAA